GCUUCAGCACGUCCAUGCUCCCUCGCCUCCCUCUCCGCUCCUCCUCCUCUCUCCGUGCCGGCGCCACAGCUCGAGCGCAGCAGCACAUGUCGCGCCGCGGCGCCUACGACGAGCCGCACGGCGGCGCCAGCGCCAGCGGCAGCGGGCGUGGUGGAGGGGCGAGCGGUGGAGGCUCCUCGUCGUCAUGGCGCACCCCGGCGUUUCGCGACUCACGCCAGUACUCGCCGCCGGCGGGGCGCGGCGGCGCCAGACACGAUGCGUACGACGACGGCGCUGGUGCUGCUGCCUCAUACCAGGGCUAUGCCGCGCAGCACACGCGCUGGGACGACGGCGGAUCAUCAGCUCCGGCGCCAUUGAACUCCUGGCGGGGCGCGCAGCAGCAGCAGUCGCAUGGCUGGGCAGGCCAGCAGCCGCAACAGUCGCACAGCUGGGCCGCUCAGCGACAACAUGGCGACUGGCAUGCCCCGCCGGCGGCGCGUGGCUGGGGCGAGCCGGGCGGGCAGGGCGCGCAGGGAUGGGCCGAGCAGCGCAGCUGGCAUGGCUAUGCAUCCCACGGCGACCAGCAGUACGGUGGAGAAGGCCAGCAGCACGCCUCACAGGCCGGCGCAGAGAGCUCGGCCGCUGCGUCGCGUCAAGGCAGGUACCAGCCUCCCGGGCGACGACACCAGCAGCAGCAUCAGCAGCCGCAGCGCGGCUUCGCCUCCUCGGCACCGGGCAGCAGCGAUGCGCCUGCGCCCUCUGCCAGCCGGGGCAAGGCGCGUCAAGACCGCGGUGGCCGCUGGCCAUCGGCCUCCAAGCCUCUGCCACUGCGCGAGCGGCCGCGCGACUGGUAUCUCGACGCCGUCGCCUCCUCUCCUCGCUGUUUCCCCGCGUCGCUCGAGUCGCCGCCCGGGCCACUGCCGCUCCUCAUUCUCGACCUCAACGGCACGCUCGUGUAUCGCGCCAGCGCCAGCAAGAGUGCCAAUCCGACGCGCCGCCCGUAUCUCGGCAGCUUCCUGCACUGGGCGCUUGGCGUGCAGGCGCAUGAAGGUGGAGGCUCGCACUCGAGGGCACAGCAGUGGGAGGCAUGGGAUGAGGCGCGCGCCGAGCGAGAAGCAGAGGGCGCCGACGAGUCGACGGCAUUGCCGCACGGCGUGGAGUUUUGGCCUUCGACUGCCGAGCGCGCCAGCGCCUCUGCGUCCGCGCCGCAGUCGACGCCGACGCAGAUGUGGCGUAGUCAUCCGAGCGAGCCACAGCCGACGGCUUCUUCGCGCUUCCGCCUCCUGCUGUGGUCCAGCGCACAGCCCAAGAAUGUCGCCGCCAUGGCGCGUGCCAUCUUCUCGCCCGCACAGGCGGCACAUCUGCUGCGCGUCUGGGCACGCGACACACUCAUGCCUCGCCGCUACAUGGAUGCCAAGGCCUCGAGCACCAAGGAUCUCGAAAUUGUCUGGGCGGCACUCAAUGGCGAUGGUGGCGCCGAGGGAGAUGUGCAGGCAAGCGCAGAGGAACAGGAAGCGAGAGAGAUGCAGCUCGAAGGCGAACGACGCCUCCUCGCUCAGCAUCGCAGCGAGGUCGACGCGCCGGGAGCCAUGGCGUCCAGCGGUGGAGAGGCCUCUUCGCCUGCUGCCGCCACAGCCGCCGCCAUAGCUGCCGAGCGCUACGUCCAGCCGCCCGCCUCUCCUCCUCUGCUCGAGGGCGCUGGCCACGAGAACGACGCACAGGCAUGGACGCCCGGGCGAGGCUAUUCCGCCCACAACACGCUGCUGCUCGACGACUCGCCCGAAAAGGCUCGGCUGCAGCCGUACAACCAUCUGCUGCUGCCCGAGUUCGACGCCAGGCGCGCGGCGCUGAUGGUGCGCUGGCUCAAUGCGCGCAAGGCAGAGGCGAGGAGUGUGCCGCAGGAGGAGGAGCCUCAGGCGCAAGAGGAGGAGGACGUCAAGCCGGGCUCUACAUCCGAGCACGACGACACGAGCGCAGCAGCAGCAGCAUCAGCCUCGCCCGCUGCAGCAGCAGCAGAGGCCGAGGCCAGCUCCAAGCCCAAGGCCAACAAGCGCCCUUUCCGGCCCGCCGCGCCGGCGCCGCACGAGUCGGAGCUCGACGAUGUGCUGCUGCAGCUCGUCGGCGUGCUGGCCCACGCGCGCCGACAGCGCCACGUCGCGGCGUGGGUGCGCAGUGGCGGCCUGGGCUUCUUUGGCGGCAUGGCGCAGCCGGGCAUGCAGGAUGCCGAGCCGCCCGUCGACGAGGAGGCCCAGGAGCAGGACGAGACGAUGCAGACGGACAGCAGCGAGGAGCAAACGCAGCUGCGCCUGCAACAUGCGCCGCAUGCUCGCACGCAGCGCUUCUGGGCGCAGGAGGGCCGUCUGGCUCUGCGCCUCGCGGGUGUCGAGUGUGCCGUGUGAAGAGCAGGGGCGGGGAGAUAGUCACGAAUGCAUUGAUGACGUGCGAACG